AUGGGGUAUGCAGUUAUGCUCUUACUUGUGUUUCUCUGUCAUGAAGUUUCUUCAAUAUCCAUAUUACCUCACAAACAUCAAACCAUUUCCCUUCUAAAAUUCAAGCAUUCCUUUACUAUCUCAGCCUCUGGCGUUUGUCAGGAGUCAUAUCCAAAAACGAGUUCAUGGAACACGAGUAGAGAUUGCUGCUCAUGGGAUGGAGUCGUAUGUGAUGACAUCACUGGACAUGUCAUUGAACUUGACCUCAGUUGCAGUAAUCUCACUGGAACCAUCGAUUCCAAUAGCAGCCUAUUCCAACUCUCGCAUCUCCAAAGGCUUGAUCUUUCUUUCAAUAACUUCUCCAAUUCUCAUAUCUCUCCUGAAUUCAGCAAGUUUUCGAGCUUGACGCAUCUUGAUCUUUCUUACUCCAAUUUCUCAGGUCAAAUUCCUUCUGAAAUCUCUCAUCUUUCCAAGUUACAGUCUCAUCUUAGAAACAAGCUAAGACUCACAACCCAUGAUUUUAAAUCGCUUCUUCAGAACUUGACCCAAUUAAGAGAGCUUGAUCUUACUGACAUGAACAUCUCUUCCACCAUUCCUCUGAAUUUUCCUUCUCAUUUAACAACUCUGAAUCUGGGAGAUACAGGAUUGUAUGGGAUAAUACCUAAGAAUUGCAAUCUUAGAGGGCCUAUUCCUGAAUCUAUUUCUAAUCUCACCCGCAUAGAGUGUUUGUUCCUUUACAAUAACUCCCUGAACGGAACAAUACCAUCAGGGGUGUUUUCCCUUCCAUCACUAACAUAUUUAGUGUUGGGUUCUAACAAAUUAUCUGGUCAGCUUGAGGAUUUCAAGGACAAUUCACUAGUCUGGAUUGAUUUAGGAAGCAAUCAGCUGCAGGGUCAUCUUCCCCACUCAAUUCAAAACCAAGUGAACCUAAUAAUACUUGAUCUUUCUUUCAAUAAUUUUAGUGGUUGUGUGGAUGUCAGCCUCUUUUCAAACCUUAAACAGCUUUAUUAUCUUAGUCUUUCAUAUAAUAAUAUCUCAUUGACCAAUGACAACAGCGUUAAUGUUACUUUGCCCGAAUCUCUUACUAGGUUAGAAUUGGCCGCAUGUGAAGUGAAAGAAUUGAAGUUUCUAAGAUCCGCAAACCAGCUUCACAACUUGGAUCUUUCAAAUAAUAAGAUUCAAGGAAGAAUUCCUGAUUGGGCAUGGUCUAACUGGAUGUCUUCAUUGGACACUCUUAUUAUGUCUCACAAUAUGCUGUCCAGUGUGGAUUCAAUUCCUCUUCAAUCUCUAUAUACUAUUGAUUUGCGGUCCAAUUUGCUUCAAGGUUCACUACCCAUUCCAUCAAUUUCCACAAAAUACUUCUUCAUGUCCAAUAAUAAUAUCACUGAAGAAAUUCCUUCAUCUAUUUGCAACUUGACAUCACUGGUAAUGCUAGAUUUAUCCAGAAACAAUUUACGUGGAGAAAUUCCGCAAUGUUUGGUAAAUAUCACUUCCCUCAAGGUUUUGGAUAUGCGCCACAACAAUUUUUCUGGGAAUAUUCCAACAACUUUCAGAAAUGGAAGUUCACUUAGCAGUCUCAACUUUCAUGGCAAUAAACUGGAGGGGAAAAUCCCACAAUCCUUGACCAAUUGCAAACAACUUGAAGUUCUUGAUUUAGGAGACAAUCACCUCAACGACACAUUCCCCGUGUGGUUGGGGACUCUGCCAAAUCUGAAAGUUUUAGGCUUGCGAUUCAAUGAAUUGCAUGGUCUCAUCAGAACAUCAAGGAUUGAGAACAUGUUUCCAGAGCUCCGAAUCAUAGAUCUCUCUUACAAUGCCUUCUCAGGAAACUUACCUUCGAGUUUGUUUCAACAUCUGAAAGCCAUGAGGACACUUGAUCUAUCAAAGGGUACAUCAAGAUAUGGUGGAGAUCAAUAUUACCAAGACUCAAUAGCUGUCGUAUCCAAGGGAUUUGAGCGUGAAAUUGUGAGAAUCUUGUUUUUGUACACCACUAUCGAUCUUUCAAACAACAAAUUCGAAGGACAUAUUCCAACUAUUAUGGGAGAUCUCAUUGCACUCCGUGUGCUGAAUAUAUCUCAUAAUGGAUUGGAAGGUCCUAUACCGUCAUCACUUGGAAGUUUAUCUUUGGUUGAAUCACUGGACCUGUCAAGUAACCAUCUUGUAGGAGAGAUACCAGCACAAUUUGCUUCUCUUACAUCUCUUGAAGUCUUAAAUCUUUCCGACAAUCAUCUCGAAGGGUGCAUUCCUCAAGGAAAUCAAUUUCUGACCUUUGAGAACAAUUCAUAUGAAGGCAAUGAUGGAUUACGUGGUUUUCCUGUUUCAAAAAAUUGUGGUGAUGAUCAUGUAUCAGGGACAACUUAUGCCGUAUCUGGCCAGCUAGAUGAUGAAGAAACCAAUUCUGAAUUUCUGAGUGAUUUUUGGAAAGCUGCUCUUAUGGGGUAUGGAAGUGGACUAUGUAUUGGAAUAUCCAUAGUAUAUUUCAUGAUGUCAACUGGAAAACCGAUAUGGUUUGCAAGAAUCAUUGUAGAGCUGGAGCACAAAAUAAUGAUGAGAAGGAGAAAGAAGCAGCAAAGGAAAAGGAAUUGCAGAAGAAGAAAUAAUCACUAA